GCCACAAACAACGUAACCCUGACCACUUCCAACCCAACCUAACCUCACUUAAUCUAACACUAUUAAAGUAAUUGUGUGGUAACUGUGCCCCGAAAUGUCUUUUUGUCGGCACGCGGCGCUCCGGGCGACCCGCCUGGUCCUGCGCCAGGUCCAAACGCCCCAAAUAACCGAAACUCGCAAUAUCAAGCGUUGGGUGGCCCCCGUGCUCAAACAACUGAAACGUCGGAUGGACCAAGUGGGGCCCGAGGCCCCCACCCCACGCUCCAGUUACCUAGAAUGGAACUACGAGGCUGAAAUUUUCGCGUUUGGUAAACGACUAAGGGAAGAAUUUGACCGUAAAGUACUGAAACAGGCGCUCACGCACCGGUCUUAUGUCACUCGUGAGGAGGACAAGGCCAAGGAGAAGGGUUUAGAGUUUGAGACAAUUGAGUGCAAUCAUCAAUUGAUUAAACAAGGGGGCGCGUUAAUUUCGCAAUGUGUGCGAAACGAGCUCGGGGGUAAGUACCCGAAGGACGUCGUGGAGGCGCUCCAUGGCCACUUAACCACCGUUGAUAUGUUGGCACACGUGGGGCUGCAUUUGGGGCUCAAGGAUAUCGUUCAGACAGCUGAAUUUCCCGUGGAAAAUGAGACACUUGCUGACACGUUCAAGGCCGUGGUUGCCGCCUUGGAGGUGUCUCAAGGCCAGGAGAGGGUACAACUUUUCGUGAAAGAUUUUUUGCUAAGUCAAUUGAACGGUAAAGACGUUUACGAUGUUUGGGCCCCCGAUAGCCCCCUUGACUACUUGCGGUCGCUUUUGCCAAAGCAGGAGAUUGAGUCCCGUUUGUGUAACAAAUCGGCCGUUAAUACAAUUCUCGCAAAUUAUCAAGUGGGGCUAUACUGUAAUAAAAAAUUGCUGGGGCUUGGAUGGGGCGAAAGCGUCGAAAUCGCCAAAGACACGGCCGCCCUGGACGCUAUACAAAGACUCAGUUACGGAAAAUAAUCAAUUAGUACCAUAAUACAAUAAAUAAUAUCAUAAA